AUGGCGCAGAGGGACACGGCUGACAAAGAGGCAGCCAGAAUGUUCUUCACUAGUGCAUUAUCGUUCAACUUUGCAAAAUCUCCUUAUUUCAGACAGUUUUGUAGAACUUUGGCUAAUGGUAACUUGGCUGGUUAUACCCCUCCUACUUAUAAUCGAUUGUGUACAACAUUGCUUGCACAAGAGAAAGAGCAUAUCAAUAGAAAACUUCAGCCUAUUAGAGAUUCAUGGAGGAAAAGGGGAGUGUCUAUUGUUUCUAAUGGCUGGUCGGAUAAACAAAAAAGGCCUCUUAUAAAUGUAAUGGGAGCAUCUGCAGGUGGAGCCAUGUUUAUUAAAGCAAUUAAUGCAAGUGGCAAUAUAAAAGAUGGAGAAUACAUGGCAGCAAUGUUUAUUGAUGCAAUCAAGCAAAUUCAAAUUUUGAAGUUAGCUUUGAAAAGCAUAUGUGAUCCAUCUGAAAAAUCACCACAAUAUGCAUAUUGUAAGUGGAUUGCUGAUUUGGUGAUUGAUGUGGAAAACAUUCGUAAUUUUAUUGUUAAUCAUGAAAUGGCAUUAGCUAUAUAUAAUAAAUAUUCUAAAUUGUGUUUGUUGAGAGUGGCUGAUACAAGAUUUGCAUAUGCUAUUGUAAUGAGUAAACGGUUAAGAGAAGUUAGGCCAGCCCUUGAAAAAAUGUUGAUGGAUUCAAAUUGGAGAAUUUAUAGGGAUGGAAGUAAUGAAGGCAAAUCACAAGAAGUGAAAACAUGUGUAGUAAAUGAUGUUUGGUGGGAUAAUUUGGAUUAUUUUUUAUCUUUCACCGAGCCUAUUUAUAAUAUGUUACGAGUCGCUGAUACUAAUUCUCCAGUUUUCCAUUUAAUAUAUGAUAUGUGGGAUACAAUGAUUGAAAAUGUGAAAAAGAUAGUAUUUGAGCACGAAGAGAGAUUUAAUUUCUGGGCGUUCAGAUUUUUUUGA